CUCGAGUCGUGGACGGAAGCAAAGUUUUUUUGACAUUGCAGUUAAUCAGCUUGUCGUGAUUGUCAAUGGUUCCGGUAUUAUCAAGGCCGGAUUUGUAGUGACUUACUGUAAAGCAUUACAGUUCGUUGCUCGCAUCAACUACCGGAUUUGCUGGAGAUUCCAUUCCUAAAUGUCGGUUUCCUAAUUAGUGAGUGGUUGAAAAUACGAGAUAACUAAGUUGAUAAGCAGUUUGUGAAGGUUUGAGCAUUUUUUGAGCCGUGUGGGCCGCCCAAAGCACGUUCGAGUGAUGGCCAGAGCUAUGGAGGGUGACCUUUUCAUCGGUCCAAAGGCGGAAGAGCACAGGGGCCUGUUGGUCAUCCAGUAUCCGGUGGAACAUGGCAUCGUCACGGAUUGGAACGAUAUGGAGAGGAUUUGGCAAUGGGUGUACAGCAAAGAUCAGCUGCAAACAUUUGCCGAAGAGCACUCCGUCCUCCUCAUGGAAGCGCCGUUCAAUCCGCGCAGGAACAGGGAGAAGUCAGCCGAGAUAUUUUUCGAAACGCUAAACGCUCCAGCCUUGUUUUUGUCGAUGCAGGCAGUUCUAAGCUUGUAAGAAUAAGUGUUAACUUAAUUCUAUAAGAAUUGAUAAUGGAGGUCUCGAAACACUUGGUCAUAGAUUUUGAGGAAUAAUCAAUCAUAAGUUUAAUUAACGUGAACUUUGAAAAAGUCAAUGGGUACGUUUGGCAGCGAUAUUUGCAUCCAAAGAGGAGAAACUGCGCCCUAAAGUUGAUAAGUCCUAUACUUUCCAACUUUACUGCUCGUUUCCUCCUCUUUGGAGGCA